CAGAGGGCGGGGCGUCGGCGCCAGCAGAUAAUUGCUAAGUGCAUCGCUAGCACAGUUGGGCCGAGCUGCUGAAAGGUCUGGUCGCAGAGACGGGAACGCGUAAUCCUCAGCGUGCUCCAUCCCGACAGCAUCGUUCCACGGCUCGGCAGGGCAGCGAGCCUCUGGCCACCAGCCCCUCUGCUCCGCGGAAAAGCCUGAUGAAGUCCUCCGAUAUCGAUCAGGAUUUAUUUACAGACAGUUACUGCAAAGUGUGCAGUGCACAACUGAUAUCCGAAUCUCAGCGCGUGGCUCAUUACGAGAGUCGAAAACAUGCAAGCAAAGUCCGACUGUAUUACAUGCUUCACCCCAGGGAUGGCGGGUGUCCUGCCAAGAGGCUCCGGUCAGAAAAUGGAAAUGAUGCUGAUAUGGUGGAUAAGAAUAAGUGCUGUACACUCUGUAACAUGUCCUUUACUUCGGCAGUGGUGGCUGACUCACAUUAUCAAGGCAAAAUCCAUGCCAAAAGGUUAAAACUGUUGCUAGGAGAGAAAACCCCAUUAAAGACCACAGCAACACCCCUGAACUCACUGAAGCCUCCGAGGGUGGACACUGCUCCAGUGGUCACAUCUCCCUAUCAAAGAAGAGAUUCAGACAGAUACUGUGGGCUCUGUGCAGCCUGGUUUAACAAUCCUCUGAUGGCCCAGCAACAUUAUGAUGGCAAGAAACACAAAAAGAAUGCAGCAAGAGUUGCUCUAUUAGAACAGCUUGGGACAACUCUGGAUAUGGGGGAACUAAGAGGUCUGAGGCGCAAUUACAGAUGUACCAUCUGCAGUGUCUCUCUAAACUCCAUAGAACAGUAUCAUGCCCAUCUGAAAGGAUCUAAACACCAGACCAAAAGCAAGUCACUGGAUCCAGUCCACACUCAAAGGGAGGGGAUCUCAAUAGGACAAGGAUACCAGGAUGCAAGGAUCUUUGGAAAGCACUUCUCAGAUGCUGCUUACCUUGGUCUGCCCUCUGGGCCAUCCUUUUUCAUGAAAGCCUGUGCACGUUUGUAUCCAGCUAGUUUGGUGGGCUUGCUUCUUGCCAGUAGACUUUCUAGGGUCGGGCAACCUCAUUUUUUAUUGUCUCUACUCCUUUCAAUCCAAAAUACCACUGUUUCUACUGAUCUAAUUUUCUCAAAAACUCUGAGAGAUUUCUGUGAAUCUUAUUGGGGUUUGCUGUACUAGAAAAAAAAAGUCACAUCCUGAAAUCUCUUAGAGAAAAGCUUUUCUCUAGUUUGGAUUUUGUUGAGAAGGCUGAAACAAAAGUCCUCAUACUUCCCAGGGGUCCUAUUGUUCCCGAGACAACUUGUAUGUAGUGCCCUCACUCUCUUCAGCAGCCCCUUGUGUGGGACCCACUAAUGGUCUGAUCCUUCGAUCUUUUUGAAGUCCUAACCAAGGGCAAUGCUGUCUCAUUCAGCUUUAUUUCUAGACCACAUUUUCCUGGCAACCUGGAAGCCAUUUCUUAAUUUUAGCAUCUUUUGCUAUCUAGAGAAGCUGAGAAGUUUCAAAAUCAUCAAAUCUUGGUUCCUUUUUGUGUAACAGUUCUUCCAUCAAUCUGUCACUUUUGCAGUUUACUGUAAGCAGUAAGAAGAGGCUGCAACACAGCUUGAAAAUCUCCUGGGCAAGAUCACCAAGUUCAUUAGUGCUGGUCAAGACAAAAUUGUCAGGUGGAAUAUGUACUUUAACAGCCGUCCCUCUCCCCAAACCCUGGGAAUAAAUACAUAUGCUCCCUGUGGCAUCUCCCUGCUCUUCUCCCCACCCCCCACUCUCCACCCCCUCUGACUUCAUUGCCCUUUGUAGUUCCUAUGUUUUUAGAACCCCCAGUCUGACAAACAUCUUGUUUCCAAUAGUUCAAGUAUUAGAUUCAAGUCCUUGGACACUUAGAGGUCUGUAGUGAUAGAUUCAUCUUACAAGCAAACCAUUGACAAUGCUAUAGUUAGCUAAUAUGCUAUUCCCACUACAUUAUCUCAAUUAAAAAAUGCACCAUAGACUUUAAAGAGUAUUAAAGUCAUAUGGUUAUAUAAAGUUAUAACUCUAAUGAUUUACAUUUGAAUAGUUUUUCCACUAAUUUUACCAUUUACAAAGGGCUUUCAUUAAUCCAUUUAUUUGUCACCAAAGUCCUAUGCAGGAGUUGUCUUAACCUCAGUUUAGAGAAUAGAGACCUGGGGCUCAAGGAAGAUGAGUCAUUUUAUAUCUGUUGCAUGAUUUAGAUGGUGUCUCAUGGCCCCAGGACUCCAGACUACCCCAGUGUACCCUACUCUGCAUCAUAGAAGUCCUGCAGGGACAAUAUAGAGGAUAUAGUUAUUUGGAGUGGGGAUCAUGAUGGGAGGAUCCUUUCACUAGGAGGAUUUCUACAUGUGCCUCAAUUCUCUCUACAUCAUUGACUUUGCCUAUUAUAGACACUGCAAGGACUUUUGUAGUCUGUGAUUUGUUGUUUUGGUCCAGAACCAACCCAGGUGCUCUGGAGGAUGCUGCAUCAGGCCACGGCCUCCCAGAGACUUUCUGUGAGCACAUGCUGACUUUCUUGAUCCCCUUCUUUGGCCUAUGUAUAAGACAGAGUUUUGCUCUGUUUACAAAAUGUACUGACAGCUUUCAGUAGUGGAUUUGAGCAUCUUCCGAAAGGGUUGACUGUUUAUAGUUGGUGCUGGUUAACAAAUAAACUCUGAGCCUGAAGGGGGCGGGGGGGGGGAGAAAGGAAAAGAAAAUUAGUACAGAAUCCUCUUUAUCUGUGGAUUUGUCAUUUUGGAGUUUGCUAUAAUUUAGAUGAGCUGACAGAAUACUGCUGAACUUGGAAUUGAAUGUCUUAAAAGAUUGAGUCUGUCUCCAUGGCAGCGACGUUGGCCUGGCCCCAGGAUUUCAGCAUGUUGGAGGUGAAAGAUCCUGGAGAAUGGCUUUGCCCAUUUCUCCAUUGAAUAGCUGAAGAAGUUGAGGUUUCCCAGAUGAAGCUACACUUUCAACAUAGCCAUUUAGUUGUAAUUCCAGGCCUAGAUUUUAAAUUGAAGGCUCUUUCUGAGUUCACUUGUUUUGGGGUUUUGAUAAUAAUAUAAUAAUUGUCAAAUAACUAGUAUGAAAAUUUCAUUAUCAUUGUAGUAUUAUUUUUACCACCAGCAGGCCAGUCAGGGUACCUGAGUCCUCCCUGACCCCUCAGUGACUCUUGCAUUGGUACAGACCCCAUGCCUCCUCUGUCAGCUUCUAGACCUCUUCCUCUCCAUCCCAGCCUGGCGUCUCUCCCUGAAAACUGGCUACAUCUCAUCCCACCAUACUUUCCAGUCUCCUUCCUAGCAAUCAGCCUCACACAGUAUUUCUUUUCUGUUUUUAUCAUUUCAGUCCCCUGUCCUUCCCUUUCCCAUAAGCUCCCUACAUACCCCACCAAGCCAUGCUUCUGCCAGCUCAUUCCUUUGUUUCUACUACUCUGCUUCACGGACUUCAAUUCCUAUCUGCCCAAGGGCCAGCUUGAGGAGUGGCUUUCCACCUCUACAGUUGCUGACCUGGGCAUACUAAGAGUCAUUUGGAAUUGUUGGCCUCCAGGUUCUCAAAAGGCACAUACCCCAGGACAUUUGCAUAUGAGUGGAAGGAAAGGAGGACAGCAUCUCAAGGGUUUGGACUUUUCCUCUCUCCUAAUUCCUAAACUUACAGUCACUAAAAUGUUUGAGAGAGGCUACACAUUAUUUGAGCAUAAUAGCAGGCAUUCUCUCCAUUAUUUUUUCAUUUUAUCUUGCAUUUUGAGAAAAAUUAAUGGAAUUUACAUGAUUGUAGGACUUUUAAAAAAAAUGAAUUUGGCAGGGAGCCUGGGAAGAUAGCAGAGUAGGAGGAUCCUAAGCUUACCUUAUCCCAUGGGUACACCUAGAUCACAGCCACAGCAGUGUAACUAACCCAGAAAAUAACCAAAAAACUAUCAGAACAGCCUCUCUGCAGUUAAUCAUAGAGAGUAGACCACAUCAAAAAUGGUAGGAGGAACAGAGACACAUUCAGGAGCCAAACUCCCUGUGAGACCAACCACAGACAGGAGGGACACCAAGAGCACAGAGAAGGGUGAGGAGCAGACCACACACCUGUACCCCAGACAAGAGAGACCUCUACUGGGAAGAUGAGUCCCUAUAAUAUUUGGCAUCAAAAACCAGAGGGGCUUAACUAUGUGAGUUUUUACAAUGAGUGAGGCUUAACUCUGAGUACUUUAAAUUUCAGCAGGCUUAGCUCUGUGAGAGCCACAGAGCAGUAGGAAACUGAGUCCCUGCACUUAAACAGCCAGCAUAACAAACAAUCCUGUGAAGAUACAGCAUAGAAGCAGCAGUUGAAAACACUUGGGGUAUACUGGAAAGAUAUUUAUUUACUGAUCUCAGAACGUGCACUGGAUGGGGAGGAUCUUUAUGAAACUUCUCCAAGAACAAAAGAGCUAGCGGGUGCCAUUUCUCCUCACCCCCCAACCUUCAGCCUAGAUACCUGGAAACCUGCCAGAACCAAUGUGCAAACACUCACACCUAGCUUGCUAACAGCUUACCCUGCCUGUGUGUUCUCCUGUAGAUCUGUCCCAUCCAACCUGCCCCACUUGGUGGGAGUCCCUCCAAGAUGGCACCUGAAAUUCUACAAGCAGCCCCAAUAGUGGCCAGCACUACUCCAACAUGAUUCUUGCCCUAGGAAGAGGGGAAGGUAACCACACACAUCAGUUUGACUGUACCCCUAGCAAUGAGUUAGUGGCAGGCAUCUGAUCUCACUUUUGGCAUUUCCCACCAACAAAAACCUCACAGGGGACAGGGAAAUAAGAGAACCCUGUAGUUUGGAGUCACUGCAACCCUAACAGACAGACUGAGGGAAGACAUCUGUUCUGACCCAACUACAAGACCAAGGCAGACCCAGACUGGUCUCUUAAGGCACAAGGACCAAACCCAUUCUGCAACAGGCAAAGGGGGCCAUUGCAGAAGACUGGAUUGAAGGCAAAAGCAUUUCAAUCACAACAUAAUGGUGCACAAAAUAUAUGAGACACCCCUGAGUCACCUGGUUCUGGUGUACAGGGGACACUGCACUGCAGGGCACUACAGGACCUCUUCUUCAUAAGACCACUACUUCCAAGAUCGGGGGAUGUAGAUGACUUUCCUAAUACAUAGAAACAAACACAGAGAAUUAGAAAAAAUGAAGAUACAGAGGAAUAUGUCCCCAAUGAAAGAGUGUGACAAAAUCACACCAAAGGGCUAAAUAAAAUGGAAAUAAGCAAUCUACCUGAAAGAGAGUUCAAGGUAAUGGUCAUAAGAUACUUACUGGACUUGAGGAAAGAGUGGAGGACCUCAGUGAGACCUUCAACAAAGAGAUAGAAAAUAUAAAAAAGAACCAAUCAGAGAUGAAGAACUCAAUAGCUGAAAUUAAGAAUACACAAGAGGGAAUAACUAGUAGACUAGAGAAAGCAGGACAGAUCAGCAACCUGGAAGACAGAGUAAUAGGAAGCAACCAAGCUGAAUAACAAAAAGAAUAAAGAUUAAUAAAACAAGAAUAGAUUAAGGGAACUCAGCUACAUCAUCAAGUAUAAUAACAUUUGCAUUAUAGGGAUCCCAGAAGAAGAAUAGAGGGGAAAGGGCGCAGAAAACUUAUUUGAAGAAAUAAUAGCUGAAAACUUUCCUAAUCUGGGGAGAGAAACAGAAAUCCAGAUCCAGGAAGCACAGAGAGCCCCAACAAAACCUACCCAAGAAGGUUCACCCAAGACAUAUAGAAAUUAAAAUGACAAAAGUAAUGAAAAAGAAUUUUAAAGGCAAUGGGUGAAAAGAAAAUAAUUUUAUACAAGAGAAACCCUAUAAGACUAUCAGCUGAUUUUUCAGCAGAAACUUUGCAGGCCCGAAAUGAAUGACAUAAUAUAUUAAAAGUGAUGAAAGGAGGAAACUUGCAGCAAAAAAAUUAUUUCACCCAAUAAGGCUCUUGUUCAGAAUAGAAAAAUAGAUCUAGCCUUUCAAGAAAUGUUAAAGGGAAGUCUUUGAGUGUAAAGAAAAAUAGUGAGAAAAUUAUGAAAGGGGGACACCUGGGUGGCUCAGUCAGUUAAGUGUCUGACUCUUAGUUUCAGCUCAGGUCAUGAUCUCACAGUUUGUGAGUUCAAGGCCACAUUGGACUCUGUGCUGGCAGUGUGGAGCCUGCUUGGGAUUCUCUCUCUCUAUCCCUCUCUCUCUGCCCCUUGGCUGCUCACACACACACUCUCUCUCUCUCUCUCAAAAUAAAUAAAUACACUUAAAAAAAAGAGAAAAUUAUUAAAGGAAAAAAUUUUUCACAGGUAAAUACAAACUUAAUAAAAGUCAUAGAUUAAUGAUUUAUAAAAACACUAUGGAGGAGUGCCUGGGUGGCUCAGUUGGUUAAGUGCCCGACUUCGGCUUAGGUCAUGAUCUUGUGGUUCAUGAGUUUGAGCCCUGCAUCAGGCUCUGUGCUGACAGCUCAGAGCCUGGAGGAUGCUUCAGAUUCUGUGUCUCCCUCUCUCUCUGCCCCACCCCUGCUUGCAUUCUUGUCUCUCAAAAGUGAAUAAACGUUAAAAAAAUUUUAAAAACAGUAUGGAGAUUAAAGCACAAAAGGAAUAAGAUCAAUUAUAUGUAUAAAAGUCAAUCAAGGGACUCACAAAAUAAAAGGAUAGAAAUUAUGACAUCAUAUAUGUAAAACAUGAGGAGAGAGUAAAAAUGUAGGGCUUUAGAAUGGGUUUAAACCUAAGCAACCAUCAACUUAAUAUAGACUGCUAUAUGCAUGGGAUGUUAUAUGUCAACCUAAUGGUAACCACAGAUGAAAAGCUGGAAACCUAUAACAGAUAUGUGAAAAAUAAAGAGAAAGUAAUCCAAGCAUAUUACUAAAGAAAGCCAUCAAACCACAAGGGAAGAGAGUAAGAGAAGAAGGGAACAGAGGAACUACAAAAACAACCAUAAAACAAGUAACAAAAUGACAGUAAGUACAUACCUAUCAAUAAUUACAUUGAAUGUAAAUGAACUAAAUGCUUUACUCAAAAGACAGAGGUGACUGAAUAGAUAAAAAAGCAGGACUCAUCUCUGCUGCAUACAAGAGACUCACUUCAGACCUGAAGUCACUUGCAUAUUGAAAGUAAAGAGAUAGAAAAACAUUUACCAUACAAAUAGAAACAAAAAGAAACCCAGGUAUAAGUAUAGCAAUACUUAUAUCAGGCAAAUGAAUUUUAAAACAGACUGUAACAUGAGAUAAAGAAGGAUACCGCACAAUAAUAAAGGGAACGAUUUAACAAGAAGAUAUAACAAUCACACCCAACAUGAGAACACCCAGAUACAACCAUUUACAGAUAUAAAAGAACAAAUUGAUAGUAAUAUACUUUUAGUAGGGGGCUUUAACACUCCACUUAACAUCAGUGGAUGGAUCAUUAGACAGAAAAUCAACAAAGAAACAAUAGCUUUGAAUGACACUUUGGUUUAGAUGGAUCUAACAGAUAUAUUCAGAACAUUCCAUCCAAAACAGCAGAAUACAUCAUCUUUUCAAAUGUACAUGGAAUCUUCUCCAGAAUAAAUCACAUAUUAGAUUACAAAACAAGUCUCAACAAAAUCAGAAAAGAUUAAAAUCAUAUUAGAACAGAAAUAAGUGAAAAAGAGUCUAAACAACAGUAGAAUAGAUCAAUGAAACCAGGACAUAGUUCUUUGAAAGGAUAAAUAACAUUGAUUAACCAUUAGUCAGACUCAUCAAAAAGAGAGAGAGAAAAAACUCAAGUAAAAUCAGAAAUGAGGAGAAAUAACAACCAACACAACAGCAAUACCAAGGAUUAUAUAUAAUACAAAGGAUUAUGCAUUAUACAUGAAAAAUUAUAUGUCAAUGUUUGGACAACCUAGAAGAAAUGAAUAAAUUCCUGGAGACUUUAACCUUCUAAAACUGAAUCAGGAAGAAAUAGAAAAUUUGAACAGACUGAUUACUAACAAUAAAAUGGGAUCAGUAAUCAAAAACUCUCAACAAAUGAAAGUCCAGGAACAGAUGACUUUGCAGGUGAAUUCAACCAAAUAUUUAAAGAGUUAAUACCUCUUCUGCUCAAACUAUUCCAAAAUUUAGAAGAGGAAGGAAAAUUUCCAAAAUAAUUCCAUGAGGCCAGCAUUACCCUGAUACCAAAACCAGAUAAAGACACUACAAAAAAGAAAACUACAAGGCCAAUAUCUCUGGUGAACAUAGAUGCAAAAAUCUUCAACAAAAUAUUAGCAAACCGAAUCCAAUAAUACGUUUAAAAAAUCAUCCACCACAAUUAAGUGGGAUUUAUUCCAAGGAUGCAAGGUGGUUCAAUAUUUGCAAAUCAACCAAUGUGAUGCAUCACAUUAACAACAUAAAGGAUAUAAAACCAUAUGAAUAUCUCACUAGAUGCAGAAAGAGCAUUUGAAAGUACAAGAUACAUUCAUGAUAAACUCUCUCAACAAAGUAGGAUUAGCGGGAACAUACCUCAAUUUAAUGAAAGCCGUAUAUGAGAAACCCAUAGCUAACAUCAUACUCAAUGGUGAAACACUGAAAACUUUUCCUCUAAGAUGAGGAAUAAGACAAGGAUGUCCAUUCUCACCACUUUUAUUCAACAUAGUACUGGAAGUCCUAGCCACAACAAUCAGACAGGAAAAAAAUAAAAGGCAUCUAAAUUGAUAAGGAAGAAGUAAAACUUUCAGUAUUUGUGGAUAGCAUGAUACUGUAUAUAGAAAACCGUAAAGACUCCACCAAAAUAUUGCUAGAACUGAUUAAUGAAUUCAGUGAAGUCACAGGAUACAAAAUCAACAUACAAAAAUCUGUUACAUUACUAUACACUAAUAAUGAAGUAACAGAAAUUUUGAAAUAGUCUCAUUUACAAUUGAACUACCAAGGAAUAACAUAUGUAGGAGUAAACUGAACGAAGGAGGUGAAAGACCUGUAUUCCAAAAACUAUAAAACUCUGAUGAAAGACAUUGAGGAUGAUAUAAGCAAAUGGAAAAAUAUUCCAUGCUCAUGGAUUGGGAGAACCAAUAUUGUUAAAAUGUCCAUACUACCUAAAGCAAUCUAUAGAUUUAAUGCAAUCAAUCUCUAUAAAAAUACAAACAAUAGUUUUCACAGACCUAGAACUAAUAAUCAUGAAAUUUGAAUUUUAAAUUAAAAAAACUUUUUUUAAUGUUUGUUUAUUUUUGAGAGAGACAGAGCAUGAGUGGAUGAGGGGCAGAAGGAGAGAGAGACAGAGAAUCUGAAGCAGGCUCCAGGCUCUGAGCUAUCAGCACAGAACCUGACAUGGGGCUCAAACCCAUGAACUGUGAGAUCAUGACCUGAGCCAAAGUCGGAGCUUAACUGACUGAGCCACCCAGGCACACCUAAAUAAUCCUGAAAUUUGUAUGGAACCACAAAAGACCUCAAAAAGCCAAAGCAAUACUGAAAAAGAAGAACAAAACUGGAGGUAUCACAAUCCCAGAUUUAAAGAUAUGCUACAGAGCUGUAGUAAUCAAAACAGUAUGAUACUAUCACAAAAAUAGACACAUAGAUCAACAGAAUGGAUUAGAAAGCCAAGAAAUAAGCCCACACCUUUAUGAUCCAUUAAUCUACAACAAAGGAGCCAAGAAUAUACAAUGGGAAAAGUUCUCUUCAACAAAUGGUGUUGGGAAAACCGGACAGCUACCUGCAAAAGAAUGAGACAACUUUCUUAUACCACACACACACACACACACACACACACUCAAAAUAGAUUAAAGACCUAAAUGUGAGACCCAAAACCAUAAAAUUCCCAGAAGAAAACAUAGGCAGUAACCACUUUUACACUAGUCAUAGAAACAUUUUUUUUAGAUAUGUCUCCUUUGGCAAGGGAAACAAAAACAAAGUUAAACUAUUUGGACUAUACCAAAAUAAAAAGCUUUUGCCUAGUGAAGGAAACCAUCAACAAAACAAAAGGGCAAUCUACUGAAUAGGAGAAGAUAUUUACAAAUGACAUAUCUGAUAAGGGGUUAAUAUCUAAAACAUACAAAGAACUUCUACAGUAACACCAAAAAUCCCACAAACGAUCCAAUUAAAAAUAGGCAAGGACACGAAUAGACAUUUUUCCCAAAAAGACAUGCAGAUGACCAAAGACAUGUGAAAAGAUGCUCAACAUCACUAAAUCAUCAGGGAUGCAAAUCAAAACACAAUGAAUGGGGUGCCUGGGUGGCUCAGUUGGUUGAGCAUAUGACUUCAGCUCAGGUUAUAAUCUCAUGGUUUGUGAGUUUGAGCCCCACAUCAGGCUGUCGGCUGUCAGCAGAGAGCCCACUUUGGAUCCUCUGUCCCCUCUCUCUUUGCCCCUCCCCCACUCGCUCAAAAAUAAAUAAGCAUUAAAUAAAAACAACAAUGAAAUAUCACCUCACACCUGUCAGAGUGACUAAAAUGAAAAACACAGGAACAAUAACAACAGCAACAAGUGUCAGUGAGGCUAUGGAGGAAAAGGAACCCUCAGGCACUGUUAGUGGGAAUGUAAACUGGUGUAGCCACUGUGGAAAGCAGUGUGGAGGUUCCUAAAAAGAUAAAAAAUAAAAAAUGCCAUAGAUGAAUGGAUAAGGAAGAUGCAAAACCAUGGAAAAGAAUGAAAUCUUGUCAUUUGCAACAAUACAGGUGCAUCUGGAGGGUAUAAUGCUACAUAAGUGAAAUAGUCAGAGAAAGACAAAUACCAUGUGCUUUCAUGUGUAUAUGGAACUUAAGAAACAAAAUAAAUGAACAAUGGAAAACAGAGACAAAAAAAAAUAAGACUUUUAAAUAUAUAUUAUAAACUGGUGGUUGCCAGAGGGAUGUGGGUGAGAAGAUGGAUGGAUAGGUGAAGGGGAUUAAGAGUACACUUAUCAU